AUGUCUUUCCUAGGAUUCGGUGGUGCCCCAGCUCAACCUUCAGAUGCUAAAAUCCAAGCUGCAGAAGCAGAACUAGACUUGGUCACUGAUAUGUUUAACAGAUUAGUUGAUAAUUGUCAUGCUAAAUGUAUUCAAAAAAGUUAUAGUGAAGCUGAUGUUAAUAAAAACGAAUCAUUAUGUAUUGAUAGAUGUGUUUCAAAAUAUUUCGAAGUUAAUGUUAAAGUUGGUGAAAAUUUACAAAAAAUUGGUGCUAGUGGUGCUUUUGGUAGAUAA